UCUCUUGUUGUCCUUCUUCCUCAGAAUGCAACGAAUCUUCCCUGCAGACCCACAGAACCCGACUCUUCUUCUUCUCCAUCGAAAGCUGUAAUUAUUGGUACUGGUAUUGUGGAUGUGCACAGUAGGUGGCAGCAGGCUGUCCAGGCAGUGGAGGUCACGGCCAAGGGGCAGUGGGUGCGAGGGGAUGCGCAAUAGCGGAGUUGAUGAACAGGGGUGAACAGUAGAGAAUCACGGCGGAACGUGAGCGCUGGGAAGAGUUCAGGAUGUUCAGCCAUGACCAGAGUUUGGGAUGCUUGAACACGACAUGUGUAUAAUUUUAAAAUCAUGCACCGUGGACAACUUUAAGACCAAUACAGGGAUGACUUUUUCGGUUUUCCUUUGAUUUCUACCUACGGAACCCAAUCUGAAAUCUGAAGUUCUGAACUGAGUCUCUCUGUCCCCCUCUUUCUCUGUGAGAUGGUUAAAGAAAAUGUUGGUGCAUAUGGGUAAUCAUCAGAAACCCAGAAAAAGUCAUUCGUUGCAUCUGUUUGUGAUAACAAUAUUCUUCCUCAGUAAUCAGCUGAUCUUACCAAACAGAGGUGAUCAAGAAGGAGCCCCGUCAUACUAUUACAAUUUGUGUGCGCCAUCAUCCUGCAACGGACUCACCCUCACCGACCCACUUGCAGUGUCACCACUCUGUCACCCUUCGGACUUGGAUAUAACCUGUCAGCUGAGUCAGACAAACAAUAACAGUCACAACCAGAUUCUGCUUUUCACCGAUGUUAAUACCAGAACAUCCUUCCGAGUGCUCCCCACCAUGAACAUGAACAUGAACUUCACGGCCAAACUCGCCGACCCGGCGGUCACCACCGUGUCCAUCGUCUGGGCCAACAACCGUUUGUUUAGCUGCGGCCCAGUCUCGGAGCUCAAUUCCUACACCGACCCCUCCCCCCGUAAUUACCUCAGCUUCCCUCCCGAUUUCGUGGUGGGAACUCACCUCAACUGCACCAUUCCAAUCCAAGGACAAGGACUUCAGAGGGUCGCUUGUCUGGGCUGCCCAGCUCAGGACCCCAACAACUUCUGCUAUUAUGAACAGGGGUUUGUCUCUCACUCCGACUGCGAGACGUUCCACAUGUUCACGCCCAGUAGUUUCAACGUGAGUGCAGAGAAGGAUCUGAGGGCUUACCUACAGCGGGGGCAUGAGUUCUUGUACACCAAACCCCUGCAGUGCCGUGGAUGUCAACUCACCGGGGGAAGAUGCGGAUUCAGCCCUUCAUCCUCUUCCUUCGUUUGCUUCUGUCCCUUCACCGUACAUCGUCUCAAUUGUUCUGACGGUAUGAUUGUGGACAUAACAUCAUGGGCCAGCGGUGGAAGCUCUGGACCACCCAAAGCACUCGCAGUGAUUUCAGUUUCAGCAUCGGUGGUGUUCCUGGCACUUCUAAUCCUUAUUUUGAUCUUCCGAAGGAAACAUAGGAUGAAACUGGAGAAGGAAGUGAUCUUGAACAUAUCCCCUUCAAGGUAUUCUUACACUGAGAUCAAGAAGUUCACCAACAACUUAUCCACAAAACUAGGAGAGGGGGGAUAUGGAAGGGUCUACAGAGGAACCAUUCAUCAAAACGGGGUUGAUGUGGCAGUAGCAGUAAAGCUUUUGAAGUCCAAACAAAGCGAAAAAGAAUUCAUAAGUGAAGUUGCCACAACUGGAGCUGUUCGACACCUACAUCUAGUGAGUUUGCUUGGCUAUUGUGCUCAAGGGAAAACGCGUGCAUUGGUUUAUGAAUUCAUGGAAAGGGGAUCCUUAGACAAGUAUAUAUACAGUAAUAGGAAAAUAGGAGGAGAUGAUGGAGACGAAGAAAAAACCAAUUUUGAGAGGUUAAGCUAUAAACAGUCGUAUGCUAUAGCCUUGCAAACUGCUAAAGGGAUACUAUACUUGCACCAAGGGUGUGGGCAUAGGAUCUUGCACUUUGAUAUUAAACCUCACAAUGUGUUGUUAGAUUCCAACUUCACAGCUAAAGUGGCAGAUUUCGGGCUUGCUAGAAUGAUGAGUGAAGAUCAUAGCCAUGUUUCCUUGACUAGGGCUCGAGGCACUCCAGGCUAUGCGGCACCGGAAAUAUGGUUGAACAAUUAUGGUCCCGUGACUGAAAAGUCAGAUGUGUACAGCUAUGGGAUGAUGCUCCUAGAGAUGGUGGGCAGGAGGAAGAAUUGUGAUCCAGAGGCAAACGAAUCCAGCCAAUUUUACUUUCCUAUGUGGGCGUACAACAAGAUCAAGAUCGGUGAAGUACCUUUGUUACCAAUGAUUAUAGUGGGGGAAGAUGUUACAAUUGAAGUUGAAGAAGAAGAUGAAAGAGAUCAUGGUGGAGAGGAAGAACUUGUAGAGAGGAUGUGCUUGGUGGGUUUAUGGUGCAUCCAGCAUAUCCCUUCGAAUAGGCCAUCCAUGGAUAGAGUGAUCCAAAUGUUGGAAGGAACUGUAGAAAUUGGAAUCCCUCCUCAUCCAUUUCCCCAGCUAACGCAGCAAAAUGUGGAGCAUUAUAGCUAUAACUCUGCUGUUCAUUUCAGUGUUGGUAGUGUUAGUAGGUCACUAGAAGCACGCUCGUGAAUUGGCCUAUUUUGGCUUUAGGCCUUCGCCGCAGCGUAGUUUCUUAUGCAUGUGGCCAUACAUAAGGAAGAAUUGAUCACCUGCUCUCAGCAUUGAAGUGGUUGCUUGUGUAGUAGUCUUUUUAUUCAUGGUCUUUGAAUUCUCAAGCUCAAGCGUGAAUGGCGAUCCCAGGACCAUCUGGGUUCCAAGGUUCUUCAUGUUGUGGGUUCUGAUUUCGGAUCCCGCCCCUUGUGUGUAUUCUGUCCUGGGUAUUGCUAUUUUGGGUUGCCUUAUGUUUCCUCGUUAAUUCAGCCCUCAAGGCCGCUUCCAUUAGAUAUUGUUUGUAAGCUUCUACCCGAAAAAAAAAAAAAAAGGAUAUCGUUUGUAAGCCUUUGGCUGUGUCUGUACAUUCCCACCUUCCUCCCCCCACCCCUCCUGGCUUUUUUUCUCCCUCAACAAAUUGAUAUUAUCCAUGAAAGGAUUUGUUUAAAGUUGAAGUAGACUCUUUCAUUCCCUCUCCCUUUAAUAAUCACAUCAUUUCUCACUGGAAUCUUGUUAUAAGAUUUAGUCCUUUAUGGUUCUCCUUU